CAGAGACCGGGAACCGGCCUGGUUACCGAGAGUGAAGUACCCCUCCUUUUCCUUUCCCCCUCCCCUCUCCCUUACCCCCCCCUCACAGCUGGUCACAGCUAGCCAAGGAGGUCUACAUUAAAAGAGGAAGGGCAGUACUUACAGGUUUGGGCAGGUGUCCAUAAAUUAUGAGGGGACACCCUUCCCUGUUACUGCUCUAUUUGGGAUUGACCACAUGCCUUGAUAACUCAUCUAGCGCGGAGCAAAAACAAGGCCCAGAAGUCUUUCUGGGUUCCCCACAUGCCCAGAGCUUCCUGGGCAGCAGCCACAGGCGGAUUCCACGAGCCAAUCACUGGGACCUGGAGCUGUUCACUCCAGGGAACCUGGAGCGGGAAUGUAUGGAGGAGAAAUGUUCCUGGGAGGAGGCCAGAGAGUAUUUUGAGGACAAUACAUUGACAGAGCGCUUUUGGGAAACCUAUACCUAUAAUGGCAAAGGAGGUCGCGGCCGCGUGGAUGUAGCAGGCCUGGCGGUGGGGCUGACUUCAGGCAUCCUGCUCAUCGUAUUGGCCGGGCUGGGAGCCUUUUGGUAUCUGCAUUACCGACGAGGCCGGGGGCCAGGCCAGCAGCCCAGUCUCAGUCCUCAAGAGACCUUGCUCACCAGCCCUCUGAGUCCUCCAACGCCCCUGACUCCACCUCGACCCCCAGGCCUCCCCACCUAUGAGCAGGCGCUGGCGGCCUCCGGGGUUCACGAUGCGCCUCCGCCCCCUUACUCCAGCCUCCGAAGACCCCCGUAAGGAGCUGCCUCGGUGUCCCGGCUCCCGAAGUUGUACCCCUGUCUGAUUCACACUGGACUCCAUAAGCUCCCCGCCCCAAUUGUUUUGUGGUUGUUUUUUUUUUUUAAAGACUCCUAAAGCUGAGCUUUCCUUUGGGGCGGGUAUGGGGGGGGCCGUGGGGGUCGCGGGACCCGAGGCCUCCCCUGGCCCACGUGUUUCCGUCGCGUACGGAUACACGCACGUCCCCAGCCAACGUGUUUCGCGGGGCACGGGCAUCUGCCUCCCUCGCGCGCCCCCCGGAUCGCGGGACCACCGGGAUCACCAGCUUCCCCCCCACCCCAUUGCGAUUAGCCGUGCGCCCCUGCCGACUCCAACCCCGGGCAAGAUGACCAGAAGUGACUGGAUCCCGGCCCCUCCGGUGCCACGGGGGGUGGGGGAGGGCACGCACACGCAGGGUGCCCCGCAACCAGGGCGAGGGUGGGGGGGCACGUUUGUCAGCGUGUACUACAGUGUGUGUCGGAGGGGGUGAAACAGCCGUGUGGCAUCGGGUGAGGGGGGGAUCGGAGUGGACCUCAAAUCCCUUUGGAGAGGAAACCA